AUGUCCCCUCAAUCGGGUAGCUAUGGCCAGGUGAUCGAGUAUAUUCAAGACCGGCUGUACCUGGCCUCCUACGACUCGACUCCGGAUGCGAGAACUCCAUUCCCUUAUCCUGUGGAUCAUACCAGAUCACCGAGCAAGCGCUCAGCGAGAGCACAACCCGGCGCAACACCGACCACCCCCAGAAAACGAUCUCCGGUGUACUUCACUGUUGAUGAUACCUUGCUCUACAACGCGUUUCAUGCGGACUUUGGCCCUCUCCACAUCGGUCAUCUGUAUCGCUUUGCGGUGCAGUUUCAUGAGAUUCUCGGCGACCCGGCCAACAAUGACCGGGCUGUCGUCUUCUACAGCAAGUCUGACGCCCGCAGCCGCGCAAACGCUGCGUGUUUGGUUGCUUGCUACAUGGUGCUCAUCCAAUCUUGGCCCCCUCAUCUGGCCCUGGCUCCUAUCGCCCAAGCCGAUCCCCCGUAUAUGCCCUUCCGUGAUGCAGGAUACAGCCAGGCCGAUUUUGUUCUGAACAUCCAAGAUGUUGUGUACGGUGUGUGGAAGGCGAAGGAACAGUCUCUGUGUGGGCUCCGAGACUUCAACCUUGAAGAGUAUGUCAUGCCCAAACCAGAAAAACCAUUUGUAUUACUAAAAACGAGCGCUAGGUAUGAGAAGUACGAACGAGUGGACAUGGGCGACUUCAACUGGAUCAGCCCUCAGUUCCUCGCCUUUGCAUCGCCCCAGCACCAACCCAUUGCCGUCGUCCCUGCGAACACGCCCGAGUACGCGGCUUUGCCCUCCACGGUAUCCGAAGUCUUCGCCUCGAAGCUGCCUCUUCCUUUCAAGAACGUCCUGGCUCAUUUCUCGUCACGCAACAUCGGUCUGGUUGUGCGUUUGAACUCAGAGCUCUACUCGCCCUCGUAUUUCACAGCAUUGGGCAUCAACCACGUUGAUAUGAUCUUCGAGGACGGUACAUGCCCGCCUCUGCCGCUGGUUCGCCGCUUCAUCAAAAUGGCGCAUGAUAUGAUUACAGUCAAGGACAAGUCGAUAGCAGUUCACUGCAAGGCGGGCUUGGGCCGUACAGGCUGCCUUAUUGGCGCAUAUCUUAUCUACCGACACGGCUUCACGGCAAAUGAGGUGAUCGCAUUUAUGCGGUUCAUGCGGCCUGGCAUGGUGGUUGGUCCUCAGCAACACUGGCUGCAUCUCAACCAAGGUGCAUUCCGUGAAUGGUGGUUUGAGGAUUCGAUGAAGGAAAAGUUGGCUCUUGUUGCUCCUGUGACCCCGGGUAGGACUACUACCAAGCAACGCGGAAGCAAUGGCCCGGUUUCCACGCCUCCCAACAACGGUCACUCGAAGCGCGCGGCGCUUGGAGAAAUCGACCACAAUGAAGGGGCUGGCGCUGUUAUGGAUGAAAAUUUGCCGGCACCAACUCCCGGUCAACCUCGCAAAUCUCACCGCAAGGAUUCACGGCACCAUCCUUAUGCUCGCAACCCGUCAGGUGGCCUUCACGUGGACAAGGACGCCUCGAAGACCACUGAAUCCACCAGCCACCGAGGCCAUCGGCUCAGCAAUGACAGCAGCGAGAGCGAGGAAGAGACCCAGCUUCGUAUGCUCUCAAAGCGUUCGUCCAAGUCGCCGGUGGCAUCACCCACGCAGCGAUCCAUCAGCUACACCGCGACUACCGUGAAGGCUAGUUACACCCUCACUGACGAGAUCCUCGAGGACCGCGAGAACUGGGCCGACCCCAACUAUUCUGCACCCAAGACACCCGUCAGCACCAAGAGCGGCAGCGGAAUUGCCAUGGCCAAAGUCCGCACGAGUCCUCGCCGGGCCACCGACAGCAAGGGUGAUUCGAGAGGUGUCCGGAAGCCGAGUGGCCGGAUUGGGAGCACCAGCAGCACCACGCGGGUCAAAUAA